AUGAGGUUAAGUCUCUGCCGGGGCCCCCUAUCUGUUAGGGGGGGCCCCCCUUGGGGGGCCCCCCAGGGGGGCCCCCAGCUACGCAACCUUUGUUCUUCUGGGGGUGGCUCCCGCUGCUUCUCUUCUUAUUUAUUAAGUUGUCUCUCCCCUCAAGAGCUGCUGUUGCUGGCGCAGGAGCUGCAGCAGCGGCAUCUUUAUGCUGCGCAGCAAACCCUUUCUGCUGCAGCGUUUGCUGCAGCAGUGCGUCGCGCUCAGAAGGCAGCAGCACCCUUGGGGGCACCCGUGGGGCCCCCCCCAUUGGGGGCCCCCAAGGGGGCCCCCCUACACCUGCAGCAAGUGUCUCUAGAGGAGGUUUGGGGACAGCUGCUCUUCCUGCUGCACGGGGCCCUCCAUCAGCUGCAGCCGGAAGCUCUCUGCUGUCUCCUCCGUCUCCUUGCUGCUGGGGGCCCCUGUUCUCAGCAGCAGGGGGCCCCCAGCUUCGGACACCCUCUUGGCAGGGGCCCCACAGGGGAAGAGGGCGCCUCUGUAGGUGAAGAGACUCAGUUAUAUGCUUCUGCUGCUGCUGCUGCAGCAACAGCAGGUGCAGCAGGUGCAGCAGCAGAUGCAGCAGCACAUGCAGCAGCAACAGCUGGAGAAGGGACCCCUAGGGAAACCCACAAAGGGCCCCUCUUUAUAAGCGCAGGAGAGCAGCAAAUCCGCAUUAAGGAAGGGGCCCUAGUUGGGGGCCCCUACUCUAUCUCUAGCUUGUUGCAGAGCUUGGAGGUGCUGCUGCUGCUGCAUGCAGAGGAGCUGUCUCUUCUAAGUGCUGCUGCUACUGUCAACUGUCCCCAGCUGUUGCUGUCCCCCUUCGUAAAGCUGCCUCAAAAGCUGCUGCAGCGGAGACCCGUUGAUGCUGCUGCUGUUGCUGCUGCUGGGGCUGGGGAACCGGGUACGGGCAGCAGCAGCAGCAGCAGCAGCAGCUGUCUCCUUUUGGAACUGCUUCUGCCGCUGGGGGGCCCCCUAAAGGAUCUCCUUUUUGCCUCUUCGGCUGAGGGACAGUCGGAGACUCGAAGGGCCCUGAAGCGCAUUCUCACUGCUGCACCUGCUGCUGCUGCUGGUGCUGCUGCUGCUGCUGCUGGGGGCCCUUCGUCGGAGUCGCCGCUUGAAGGGGCCCUCAUCGAGGUCUGGCAUGCUGCGCUGUCUCUAGAGCUUCACUCCCCGUUGCUUGCUGCUGCAGCACUGCAGCUAGCAGCAGAGACAUUUUAUUUGCUGCCUACGAACAGUAAGGGCCCCCCAAUUGCUGCUGCUGCUGCUGCUGCUGCUACGAUUACCCAGCGGUCCUGUCUGCUGCGGUUGCUGUUCUUCCUGCUGCUGCUGUCUCUCUUCCUGUCUCCGCUGCUGUCGAUGUUGCUUUCUCUCUUCGGUUUGUCUCUGUUACCUCAUUUUCUGUCUCUGCUGCAGCAGCAGCAGCAGCAGCAGCAGCAGCAGCAGCACCAGCAGCAGCUGUAG